GCACUCUGGCUCCAUCUCCCUGAUUAAACCAGCAGGAGGAGGAAGGAGAAGGAGGAAGGCGGUAGGCUACAAGGGAGGGGGAAUGACAACUAUCCGAGCUCCAUCCACAACACGCAUUGGAAAAAAAUCACCCGCACCCGGCGAUGAAACGUCGCGGAUGAGGGCCCGGCCACCGGCAGAAGAAGGAGCACCCGCAGAAGAAGCAGCCAGGCCGGCGAUGCGGACGCUCAGCCGAACGACUACGACGACCGCCGAGUGAAGCCGCUCCCCUCGCCAAGAUGGUCCGCGUGGCUCGCGCGCUGGGUCUGAUCAUCCUGUGCGUGGCGGUGCUCAUCCUGUCGCUCAUCAGCUACGUGUCCCUGCGUAAGGACAGCCUCUUCGGGUCGCCCGUCGGGGGGCCUAGGAUCAUGUUCCACGCGGGCUUCCGAUCGCAGUUCGCCAUGAAUUUCCUGGACCCCUCCUUUAUCCCGCUGACCAACGCCCUGAACGAAGAGCUACAGGGAAAGCCGUCCAAGUGGAAAUUCAACAAGACUGCUUUUUUCCAGCAGAAGAAGGACAUCUUUAACUUCAUCGACAUUCCGCACAACUUCUCACUGACCAAAAGCAGCGUCCGUGUGGGCCAACUGAUGCACUUUGACUACUCCAGCCACAAGUACGUGUUCUCCAUCAGCAACAACUUCAAGUCUCUGCUCCCCGAUGCCUCGCCCAUCCUGGACAAGCACUACGGCACUUGCGCCGUGGUGGGCAACAGCGGCAUUCUGACGGGCAGCCACUGCGGCUCCGAAAUCGACCGCGCCGACUUUGUUUUUCGCUGCAACUUCGCUCCCACCGAGGUGUACGCCAAAGAUGUGGGUCGCAAGACCAACCUGACCACUUUCAACCCCAGCAUCCUGGAAAGGUACUAUAACAACCUGCUGACCAUUCAGGACCGUAACAACUUCUUCCUGCACCUGAAGAAACUGGAAGGUGCCAUUCUGUGGAUCCCCGCAUUCUUCUUGCAUACGUCGGCUACCGUCACCCGCACCCUUGUGGACUUCUUUGUGGAGCACAAGGGCCAGCUCAAAGUGGAGCUGGCCUGGCCCGGAAACAUCAUGCAUGACGUCAACAAAUACUGGAAGACAAAGAACCUUUCCCCCAAGCGACUGAGUACCGGCAUUCUCAUGUACACUCUGGCGUCGGCCAUGUGCGACGAGAUCCACCUGUACGGCUUCUGGCCCUUCGGUUGGGACCCCAAUACGGGCAAGGACCUGCCCUACCACUACUACGACAAGAAGGGUACCAAGUUCACCACAAAAUGGCAGGAGACCCACCAGCUUCCCAGCGAGUUCAAGCUCCUCUACCGGUUGCACCGCGACGGAGUCACCAAGCUCAGCCUGACACAUUGCAUGUAGAUGGGGACGGGCGGGGGUUCGCGCACGACGCCACGCCCGGAUUCCGCAUGCCGAUCUCUCAUUCCACACGUCUGCCUCGCUCGGUUUUGGUAUCGUCGUGUUAAGUAUUCCUGUCAGACGCCUCCACGACGCUCCUUCAGGAUGCCUGGUGGCAGUGGCAAACACAGUGGAACCUCUACAAGGAAAAAAAAAAAAAAAAAGCCCAACCCUCAAACCAGCUCAGACAA